GGAAUUCCAAUUCGCCCCAGCUCGCCCGGUUUUUAAACUCUUCAAUUUAGGCCCCGCCCCACCGCUCUGAUUGGCUGCGGAUUUGGUUGUAUCUUUUCAGCGAGUCAUGUCGGAUUCCUUUGAUUUGUAAGAGCUGGGAUUUACUGGUCUAUGGGCCACAGCUCCUACUUUCAGCAAGAACUAUGGCAUCAGCUCACCAUAGUUUGGAUUGCACCUGCUGUUCCAUUGACUCCUCGAUCCCCAGAAGUGUACAUCAGACAUUAGAGGAAAUGGAUUUUGACAGAGGCAUCUGGUCAGCUGCCUGUAAUGGUGAAUUCAGCAAGGUGCAGAGUUUUCUGGAGAAGGGAACUGAUCCCAAUUCACCUGAUCUGUCAGGCUACACAGCGUUGCACUAUGCCAGCCGGCGUGGCGAUUAUCAGAUCUGUGAAUACUUGCUGAAGAAAGGAGCAAACAGCAAUGCUCAGACCAAAGGAGGAGCAACCCCACUCCACCGGGCUGCCUACUGUGGCCAUCUUCCGGUGCUCAAGCUUCUACUGUCCUAUGGAGCCACUCCUGCUAUUACUGAUGAUGAUGGUGCGACCCCUUUACACAAGGCUGCAGAAAGGGGUCAUCAGGAGGUGUGUGAUGUUUUGCUUAAGGAGAACCCUGCCCUAAGGAUGGUAAAGGACAGAAGAUCAAGAGCACCUCAUGAUCUGGUGACUGACCAUCCAACUUUAAAGGAGCAUCUACAGCCCAGGAUGUUAACGUGAUAACCACUGCCUGGAUUUAAUGUGCCUUGCCAACAGCGUACUUGCAUCUAUAUCUGUGGAUUUUGGAAAACGAGCAGUACUCUAAUUCACUAAGCCGUAUUGGAGUUUUGUCCCAUGGACUGAGAGGCUAAUGUACCUCGAAAUGGAUGGUUUUAAAGAAAAUCUUCACAACUCUUAUUGCUGAAGGAACAACUGACAACCAUGGUUUUCUGGGUGCUCAAUGGUGUAGUAAUGUAACCACUUAACUGCUACCACUUUAUACUGCUCAAUCAGACCGAUAUUUUAAGGUAUUAAAGUGUUCAAAUUAGCUGGAUGUUCUCAUCAAUCAUUGUAGUUCACCUUUUCUAUUAUUGUUACCUUCCUCUGCAGUUACAUUUGACCCAAAAUUAACACUUCCAUCUUAUUUUAAACACAAAGUACACAGCAGAUGCUGUGGUCAAAUCAAGAUGUACAAAAAAGCUAGAUGAGCCCAGCUGGUCGGGCAGUAUCUUUCAACGGAUGCUGCCCGACCUGCUGAGUUCAUCCAGCUUUUGUAUGUCCAUCUUAUUUUAGUUGGGUUCUUAACAAAAUAAAUUCUCCAAACCUGAUUGCAAAAGUUGCAGGAAGGCUCAACCCAAAGCCAUUUUCAAACAUUGUGGUACAGAUAGCUAUUUAGAUCUUGCAUAAUAUUAUAGUUGCUAUGUAGUUUGACAGGAUUUUGCAGCAAUUGGAAAAUAGGUUUCUCUUUGGGUUCACAUUUUAUAAGUUUGCUAAAUUCAAGAGAAUGAAGGAAUCUAUAGAUAACUUGAGACCCUUUAAACCAGGGAUUCCCAGCCUUUUUUAUGCCAUGUACCAAUACUAUUAACCAAGGGGUCUAUGGACCCCAAGUUGGGAAACAUUGCUUUAGUCACUUGACAGUCAGUCUGACUGAUUCCACAUCAAGCCCAUUUUAUUCUUCCCUCAAUUUCAUCAACUCCCCCCAAAUUCUACCACCCACACACACCUACCAACAUUUCUUUUUGAUAUGAGAGGAAACCUACUCCCAUCUUGGGGGAAAUCUGCAAGCUCCAUGCAGAAAACACACAAAGUUUGGAUGAAAGCUAAGUCUUUGGUGCUUAAAGAUUUACCCACUGGACCGUUAAUAUCUCUAGAAUGCUUUCAAAACACUUUAUUAUCUUCUGGUGAUAUGAAGUGCAGCAAACUAUUAGUUGUUCCCCUAAGCUAUCAUUGAUCUGAAACAGUAAUUUUUCUCUCCCCAAGUGCUGCCCAGCCCACCGAGUAUUUCCAACAGUCGCUGGUUUGAUUUCACUAAAAUAAUUAUCUGAUCUGUUACCAUAUUACUGUGCACAAAUUUGUUCCUAUUCUUCAAAAAACAAAAUCAUUCAUAUCCUCAGAAGAUAAUAAGGUAUUUUGAAGAUAUUGUAUAGAUAUAAAUCUGUUAAUGGGUAAAUCUUUUAAGAGUUUAGAAUUUGUUUUAAAAUUGCAAAAUUGGCUUGCUAAAUAAGGAACAUUAAAUGAAGUAUGAACUCGCAGAAGGGAGAUUGCCUUCAGCCUUCAUGUGUGCAAUCAAUGUGAGUGACAUAGAUUUUCAGAAAACCUUAGAGAAAUCUGAAAUUAAAACACAAGGACCUGUUAGAAGCUAACUUGGCUAGAUUAUCUUAUAGACAAUAGGUGCAGAAGUAGACCAUUCGGCCCCUCGAGUCUGCACCGCCAUUCUGAGAUCAUGGCUGAUCAUUCACUAUCAAUACCCAGUCCCUGCCUUGUCCCCAUAUCCCUUGAUUCCCCUAACCAUCAGAUAUCUAUCUAGCUCCUUCUUGAAAGCAACCAGAGAAUUGGCCUCCACCGUCUUCCGAGGCAGUGCAUUCCAAACCUCCACAACUCUCUGGGAGAAGAAGCUCUUCUUCAACUCUGUUUUAAAUAACUGACCUCUUAUUCUCAAUCCAUGCCCUCUGGUACUGGACUCUCCCAACAUCUGGAACAUAUUUCCUGCCUCAAUCCUAUCAAAUUCUUUAAUUAUCUUAAACGUUUCAAUCAGAUCCCCUCUCAAUCUCCUCAAUUCCAGCGUGUACAAGCCCAAUCUCUCCAAUCUCUCUGCGUAAGACAGCCCUGCCAUCCCAGGAAUCAACCUAGUGAAUCUACGCUGCACUUCCUCAAUUGCCAGAAUGUCCUUCCUUAAACCUGGAGACCAAAACUAUACACAAUAUUUCAGGUGUGGUCUCACCAGGGCCCUGUACAAAUGCAAAAGGACAUCCUUGCUCUUGUACUCAAUUCCCCUUGUAACAAAGGCCAACAUUCCAUUUGCCCUUUCACUGCCUGUUGCACUUGCUCAUUCACCUUCAUUGACUGGUGAACUAGGACUCCUAGGUCUCUUUGCAUUUCUCCCUUACCUAACUCUACACCGUUCAGACAAUACUCUGCCCUCUUGUUCCUGCUUCCAAAGUGGAUAACUUCACAUUUAUUCAUAUUGAAUGACAUCUGCCAAGUAUCUGCCCACUCACCCAGCCUAUCCAAGUCUCCCUGUAUUCUCCUAAUGUCCUCUUCGCAUGUCACACUGCCACCGUUUAGUAUCGUCAGCAAACUUGCUGAUAUAGUUUUCAAUGCCCUCAUCUAAAUCGUUGACAUAAAUCGUAAAGAGCUGUGGUCCCAAUACAGAGCCCUGUGGUACCCCACUAGUCACCUCCAGCCAGUCCAAGAAACACCCAUUCACUGCUACCCUUUGCUUUCUAUCUGCCAACCAGUUUUCUAUCCAUGUUGAAACCCUGCCCCCAAUGCCAUGAGCUCUGAUUUUACUCACCAAUCUCCUAUGUGGCACCUUAUCGAAUGCCUUCUGAAAAUGAACAGGAAACGCAGGGUACAAAUAAAUAGUUAAUGUUGUGAAAUGAGCCUGUGCUUUUAUGGAUGUGAAUUAAUGUCUGUGGGAGAGAACAGUUUAUGAAACAAAGAUAACAGUGCAGUAACAAAGAAAUAUUUGUAAGUAUUCACAUUACUAAGGCAUCUCUCAUAGUGAGUCACUGGGAAAGGAGUUUGUAUAUUUGACAUGGAAAGUAGGAUUAGAAAAUGAGGAAUAAGGCACAUCUUUGAAAUUUGGAUAGGAUUAAGCAGCAAAACUGUGUACAGAUGUCUCACUGAAUGGCCUUAAACAUCAGGGUAACUUUAAUGUAGGAGUUCCCAACUUUUUUUAUGCCAUGGACCCUUACGGUUAACCAAGAUGUCUGUGGAUUCCAGGCUGGGAGCAGCUAUCCUAAUGUCAAGCAUGCAGUUUACUUCAUGAAUGCAACUUAUAAAAUGUGGAUACCGUGCAUAGACUUUGUUAUCAAUUAAAUUCAUUCAAAAUCAACCGUCAAAAUAUGCAAGUUUUUCUCCAGCGAAAAGCAAUUAGCAAUUUGCUAAUUCUCUUUGGUCUUGUUCGUUACUUCCAUUCUUUUUCUCAAAAGCAGUGGUUAAAGCAAUGAGCUGCCCAACAGAUGGGGGCGGCACAGUAGCACAGCAGUUAACGCUGUUACAGUGCCAGUGAUGCAGGUUCAAUUCUGUUGCUGCCUGUAAGCAGUUUGUAUGAUUUUCCCAUGACUGCAUGGGUUUCCUCCCAUGUUCCAAAGAAGUAUGGGUUAGUAGGUUAAUGGGUGGAAGUGGGAGGUGCAGACCUUUUGGGCUGGGAGGACUUGUUACAGUGCUGUAUCUCUGAAUAAAAAGAACACAAGUACAGCCAGAAACAGGAUCAUUUGUUAUGCAACUCGGAACAAAUAUAAUCACUGACGCAAGUCUGUCACUACUAGCUGCUCUGCACUCUGGCUUGUGCCGAGAAAAUACUGCUCGGUGCUGAUGCAGAUAUUAAGUGGCAUGUUGUAAGAGUAGGAAUGGGAAUGAAGGGUAUAUAAGUGUGAGAGGGGGAGAGGGAAGGAGCAGAUGCACCCCUUCCAAAUAUUUGUGCACCCAUCCCCAGUCCCAAGCAAUUCUUGCCUCACUAUGGCAGCACCUGCAGGUUCUGCAUUGACUGCUAUGCAAGGCAUCCUGGAUCACAAGAACUGACUAAAAAGAACAUUUUGGAGAUGAGGGUAGAAAGCUCAGAGAGCAUUUUUAGCUCAUAAUGUCAAAAAGGCAAACAGCCUUGGAAGUACCAGUGGAUCAAUAAUGGGACAUAGAGGCAAUGAUGUGGACAUACUUGUGCCUCAUCUGCACGACAACUGAAAACUAAAUGUGGUCCUCCCAUAUAACUCAAGUUACAAUUAACUGGAUAUAAAUCUGCUAUUCAACAAAACAAACUGCUGUUCUGUAGUUUAUAAUAAAUAAAUACAGAACAAGGCUAAUUUUGUUAUUUGAUUUGUCUAUUUCUAUUCUCAUUUCCUUUAGGGCUGUGUCUUUCUUUUCUUUUGAUUUCACAAUGAAGCAUGAAAUGCCAGUUUAUUAUUAAGGUUGAUAGUUGUAUUGGGUCAGGAUUCAGUAGAAUCAUAGAGAAGUACAGCACAGAAACAGGUCCUUCACCCCAUCUAGUCCAUGCUGCUGAUCUUCAUAUCAAUUUUCUCAGCACCAUUCCAGCAUCCCUUGAUUCCCUUACUAAUCAGUAAUCAGCCUCUGUAGAGACUUCCAAAAAAUGCUAUCUUCUAAUUGAGGGGAAAAAGUCCUCAUCUCCGUACUAAAUACAAUACCCUUAUUCGGAGACUAUGACCUCCUGGAUCUAUACUCAGUCAAAAGAAACCCCCUCCUUGUAAACAUGGACUUAACGUAGCAAAUUUCAAUAAGAUUACAUCUUUCUUUCUGAACUCGAGAGUGGGCCUGGUCUAUUUAAUCUCUUGUCACACAGCAUUUUAUGAACCAGUCUAGUGAAUUCUCAGUGUAUUCCCUCUAUGGCUGGUGUAUUCAUAGUCGUAGGAUUGUGAAGUGCAGAAACAUGCUCUUUGGUCAGGGUAGUACAGUGCAGUAUGCUGACCUUUUUGCCCACCUAUACAAGAGACCAAAUCUCUGUACAGUGCUAAAAACAAGGUAUCUAUAAAAUACUAUGCGUACUUUACUUAUGCAUUUGGAUUCUCUUAUAACAAAGACCAAUAUACAUUUAGUUUGUUCUAUAUAUAAUUAAUUUUUAGACAUGGAAACCUAGGUUUCUUUAAAUGUCAUUUAAAACCUACUCUUGUUACAGCAACACAUACAAAGUGCUGGAGGACUGAGCAAGUCGGGCAGGAUUUACAGAGGAGACGGUUGUGCAUCAGUGGUUACCUGAUUUUUCCACACCCAUUUUCCAUAUUCACACCUCCUCACGGUGUGCCCACGUAGGUGAAUCAGUGUUAGUAACAUACUUUUCCCGCUGAAGAGUCUCGGCCAGAAACGUCGACUGUACUCUUUUCCGUAGAUGCUGCUUGCCCUGAUGAGCUCCUCCAUCACUUUGUGUGUGUCUGUGUGUGUGUUUGGAUAUCUAGCACCUGCAGAUUUUCUCUUGUUUGCAGCAGGCUGGGUGCAAUUGUUGGCUGCAUUCACAUAGACUUAUUACAAAGCAAACGAGGAAUUAAUAGUAGCUGAAAUACAGUAUAUCUCACCUUUGAGAUUGAAGGAAGAACUUAGGAGGAGACAAUGGCGCCUAAUGGUGACUCCUUUGCUUGUAUCUUCGGAAACAAGAAAUUUCCAUCUUUAAUAUCUCUAUUUUUC